AUGAACGACGGUCAAGUCAACUCAGACCAACAACAACAACAACAACAAAGUCUGGUCAAACCACCGGCUAAGCGAUCUCUCGCUCUCCUCAUCGCCACUUACGGUUGUCUCUUCGUCGGAUCAAUCGCCUCGAGCCUCCUCGCCAAGUACUACUUCGUCCACGGUGGCUCCAGCCGGUGGGUCUCCACGUGGGUCCAGUCCGCCGGGUUCCCUCUCCUCCUCUUCCUAAUCUACUUCCCUCCCUACGUCUUCAAAACAACCACUCGCCGUCCUUUCACGCGCUUCACGCGCCGCCAUUUCAUCUUCUCCUUUUUGAUCGGCCUCGUGCUCGGAUUUAACAACUUCCUCUUCUCUUGGGGAACCUCGUACCUUCCGGUGUCCACGUCAUCGCUUCUCCUGUCGACACAACUCAUCUUCACUCUCCUCCUGUCUGUGAUCAUCGUGAAACAGAAGAUCACUUUCUCAAAUCUCAACUGCGUUAUUCUCUUGACGCUGAGCUCUGUUUUACUAGCUCUCGGUUCGAGCCAAGAUAAACCAGCCGGUUUAACAAAAACCAAGUAUUUCAUCGGGUUUUUAUCCACGGUCGGAGCCGGUUUACUCUUCGCGCUUUACCUCCCCGUGACGGAGAGGUUUUACCGGAGCGUCUACUGUUACGCGAUGGUCAUGGAGAUACAACUGGUGAUGGAAUUUGCAGCGACGGUUUUCGCAACGAUCGGUAUGGCUUUCGACGGCGGGUUUAAAGAAAUGGUUAAAGAAGCGAACCACGUUUUCACCGAAGGACCGACGGUUUACUGGACGGUCGCGAUUUUCGUGAAUGUGGUGACGUGGCAGCUCUGUUUCGCGGCCACGUCGGGGAUGGUUUAUUUGACGUCUGGGAUCACCGGAGGGAUCUGCAUGACUGCGUUGCUGGCGAUGAAUGUGAUCGGGGGUGUGGUGGUUUACGGCGAUGAGUUCGGCGGAGUGAAGAUUGUGUCGACGGUGCUCUGCAUUUGGGGAUUCUCGUCGUAUGUGUACGGGAUUUACGUGAAGAUGAAGAAGGAAGAGAAGAGAGAGAAGGAGGAGAAGGAGAAGGGAGGAUAUUCAGGCGUGAAGACGACGGACGACGGAGGAGAAGAGGGAGAGAGGGAGGUGGAGAUGGGUAAGGUUAAAGAUGACGUGGCGGCGGCGGCGGAUGAUAGGGUUUGA